AUGGCAGAACGAGGCUGGACCGUGCCGCGCUGGCCCGAAGCCUACGGCGGUGGCGGUUUAAGUGCAGACGAAGACAAAAUCCUGCAACAGGAAAUGCGCCGCAUCAAUGCGCGCCUGCCGAUUCAGAGCUUUGGCAUCUGGAUGCUGGGCCCCGCGUUGCUGGAAUUUGCCAGCGAAGAGCAGAAGAAGAAAUAUCUGCCUGAAAUCGCCCGGGGUGAAAUUCGCUGGUGCCAGGGAUACUCAGAACCCAGCUAUGGAUCAGAUCUGGCGGGGUUGCAGACCAAGGCCGAAGACAAAGGUGAUUACUACCUGGUUAACGGUGCAAAAAUCUGGACGUCAUAUGCCGAUCAGGCCGAUUGGAUUUUCUGCCUGGUACGUACCGAUGCAGACGCCCCCAAACACGAAGGCAUCAGCUUCCUGUUGUUUGAUAUGGCCAGUGAAGGCGUCACAACAACGCCUAUACCCCUGAUCUCCGGCGCCUCACCAUUCUGCCAGACUUUCUUUGACGAUGUGAAAGUGCCCAAGACGCAGCUGGUGGGUGAGCUCAACAAAGGUUGGACCAUCGCCAAACGGCUGCUGCAGCAUGAACGCCAGAUGAUCUCCGGCAUCGGUGGCAACUCCGCCCUGGGCGGCAGCGGUAGCCAGCUGGAGGAUGUUGCAAAAAAAUACAUUGGUGAACAGAACGGUCAAAUUGCUGAUCCGGCAAUACGCGGCAGCAUUACCGAACACCGCAUGAAUGACAGCGCCUUUCAGCUGACCAUGGCGCGUAGCGGUGAAGAAGCUAAAGCCGGCAACCUGGACGCCAACCUGGCUUCAAUUUUCAAGUACUACGGCACUGAACAGAACAAGCGUAAAUAUGAGCGCAUGCUGGAGUUGAUGGGCACCCAGAUGCUGGGUUGGGAGGGUGAUACUUUUGAAGCCCGCGAACUGAAUGCGACCCGCCAGUGGUUACGCUCAAAAGCCAAUUCCAUUGAAGGCGGCACCAGUGAGGUGCAGUGCCAUUACAGCCAAUUGGAAAACCGUAUGGAAUUUAUCAUUGUACUUGUCAUUAUCGCCGCCCUGGCUUUCUGGGUGGUGGCCAUCUACAACAAGCUGGUGGCGCUGAAAAACCGCUUUGAGAACGGCUUUGCCCAAAUCGAAGUACAGCUUAAGCGUCGCUACGACCUUAUUCCCAACCUUGUUGAAACAGCCAAAGCUUAUAUGAGCCACGAACGCGAGACGUUGGAGGCGGUUAUCAACGCCCGCAACCAGGCAAUGGCUGGCCUGACGGCUGCAGCUGCAGACCCGGGCAAUGCCAACGCCAUGAAAGAACUUGGUAGCGCGGAAGGCAUGUUAGGCAGUGCUUUAGGGCGGCUCAAUGUUGUGAUGGAAGCGUAUCCCGAUUUGAAAGCCAACCAGAACAUGAUGCAGUUGAGUGAAGAACUGACCACCACAGAAAACAAAGUGGCAUUUUCCCGCCAGGCCUACAAUGACCAGGUCACUGAAUACAAUUCUUACCGACAGUCGUUUCCACCGGUUGUGUUCGCUGGAAUGUUUGGUCAUGCCAUCGAUGCAGAAUUGCUUGAGUUUGCUGACUCAGAGGCCAUUCAGGCUGCGCAGGAUAACGCUCGCAAAAAAACCUGGUUACUGGCGAUGCUGUUCGGCGCCGCCGUCAUUACCCUGCUGCUGUUAACCAACCUGUUUGUUGCCAUCGCUUUCGGCUGGGCAGGCAUGCAGACCGGUAUGACCUUCGGCCAGACGUUAGCUCAGGUGCCCAUCGACAGCUGGAUCUGGAUCAGUCUGGGGGUGAUCGGUGUCAUCGGCGUGGCAAGCCUGUACAAAUUCCUGAGCAUCUCCGGCGGCGGAAAAACCAUAGCUGAAGCGUUAGGUGGAUCACUGAUUCACCAGAGCACCACAGACCAGAAGCAACGCCAGCUGUUGAAUGUGGUUGAAGAAAUGGCCUUGGCUGCAGGCAUGCCGGUGCCGCCGGUGUACCUGAUCCCCGAACCCAGCAUCAAUGCGUUCGCUGCAGGGUUCAGCACCGACGAUGCUGUGAUCGGUAUCAAUCAGGGCACCCUGGAACAGCUUUCCCGCUCUGAGUUACAGGGUGUUGUAGCCCACGAAUUCAGCCACAUUCUGAAUGGCGAUACUCAUAUAAACUUACGCCUGAUCGCUAUUCUGCACGGCAUAUUGUUUGUUGGCAUGAUUGGCUAUGGUCUUCUACGUGCUGGUGGAUUCAGCCGGCGCAACGGUUUACCUAUUGUGGUGGCAGGCAUUGGCCUGCUGAUCAUCGGCUACGGCGGCACUUUCUUUGGCAACCUGAUCAAAGCCGCUGUAAGUCGCCAACGCGAAUAUCUGGCAGAUGCAUCCGCUGUGCAGUUCACCCGCGACCCCAGCAGCAUCGCAGAUGCUUUGAAGAAGAUCGGCGGGUUCAGCAUGAGCUCACACAUGACCAACCCCGCGGCGGAACAGGCCAGCCAUAUGUUUUUUGGCGCGGCGGCGCAGAAAUUUUCAACCAGCUUGUUGGCUACCCACCCGCCGCUCGACAAACGCAUCCUCGCUAUAGAACCAGGUUGGGAUGGCAAGUUUCUGCAGAAUAGUCCGGCAACCAUGGCAACGGGCCAACACCGACAAACACGACCCUCGAACCCCGCAGAGACAUCCGGGGUGAGUCAACUGGCUGGCGAUGCGGACAGCAGAGCACAAAAUAUUGUUGAGCAAGUAGGCACAUUGAGCGUUGCAGGGCUUACUGCAGCACAGGACAUGAUCUCGAACAAUCCAGCACAGUUGAAAGAGGCGGCACAUGAUCCGUUUGAAGCCCGCGCAUUGGUCUACGCAAUGUUGAUCCACUCGGAACAGAACAGUGCCAGCGAACAGCAGCUGGCAUUGAUAGCGGAGCGUGCCGAAGCUGGUGUUGCAGCGCAUGUGACCCGCCUGCUACCCAUUGUUCGAGGCAGUUCGAGCAGUCAUCUGCUGAUGCUCCUGGAAAUGUCCAUACCUGCGCUCAAAGAACUCAGCCGUGCCCAAUACAAGACAUUUACGAGCAAUACUGCCGCCCUGAUCACCGCCGACAAAAGGAUCGAAAUUUUCGAAUGGGUCAUCCACAGGGUACUGACUAAACAUCUGCACGCUCAUUUCCAGGGCCCGCUUAAUGUGCAUGGCCGGAUUGGCAACAUCAGUAAACUGGCUGAUGACGCUGCCAAACUGCUUUCGAUUCUGGCCAGCCACAGCCACCAGGACACCGACGAGCAAUUGCGCGCUUAUAGUGCGGGUGCAGCAGAACUCGGUAUCAGCAAAGCCUAUUCAAAACAGGAAAACUUUGACUAUCAGCGUAUGAACGAUACGCUGGCUAAAUUGCGCAAACUAAAACCGCUGGCAAAGCCUGCGCUGCUCAAAGCCUGCGCAACAACGGUGCUGGCAGACAACCACGUCAACGCUGCAGAAGGCGCGCUGCUGCAGGGUAUUGCUGUGCUGCCUCUUACCAACCGCAGCAAACAGCUGGGCGCACUGGAUCUGGGCUCCAACAGUUUUCAUUUGUUGAUUGCCCAGGAAUCCCAUGGCCGGGUACAGGUGCUGGACAAACACAAAGAGAUGGUGCGACUUGCCGAAGGCCUGCGAUCUGGCAAAAGCCUUGACGCAGAUGUGGUUACCCGCGCCCUCGAAUGCCUGGAAAGAUUUGCCCAACGACUACGUCCACUGGAUCCCAGCAACGUCCGUAUCGUCGGCACUAACACGCUGCGCAAAGCCAAAGACAGCCAGUUCCUCGCCCAGGCCGAACAGAUUCUCGGGCACAAAAUAGACAUUAUCUCCGGGCGCGAAGAAGCCCGCCUGAUUUUCAUGGGCGUUUGUCAUGAUCUUGGCGGUGAAGAUACGCGACGCCUGGUAGUUGAUAUCGGCGGCGGCAGCACCGAACUUAUCCUGGGUCGAAAAGCCUCCCCCGAGCAACUGGAAAGCCUGUAUAUGGGCUGCGUGUCGAUGUCGCAGAAAUAUUUUGCGGAUGGUGUGAUCACCAAACAGGCUAUGCAGAAAGCGAUCAAACACGCGCUGGUAGAGCUCGAACCUGUCACACACGACUUCGUCGAACAGGGCUGGGAAAGUUCGGUUGGCGCUUCCGGCACCAUAAACGCAGUGCGGGAGGUAAAUGCACACCUUACCGGUGAAGAUCUGAUCAGCAGCAAAGGGCUGGCCGAAAUCAGAAGCAAACUUAUCAGUGCUGGCAACCUCAGUGAGUUGAAUCUUGCCGGCCUUGCUGACGAACGCAAGGCGGUAUUCCCUGGCGGCGUAGCUAUAUUGUCAGCAAUAUUCGAGGCGCUGCAGAUUGAGAACAUGAUGGCCGCCCAGAGCGCCCUGCGCGAAGGCCUGAUUUACGAUCUGCUGGGUCGGCAGCAGGAAGACGAUGCACGCGAGCAUACCGUUGCCAAUUUAACCCGGCGCUAUCGUAUCGAUGAGGUCCACGCCCGACAGGUGCGCGAAACUGCACUGAGCCUGUUGUCUCAAGUUGCGAUGGUGUGGGACCUCACCAACCCUGAACACAAGUUAAUUCUCGGCUGGGCAGCCAGUCUGCACGAAAUUGGCAUGGACAUCUCUCACUCGGGCUACCACAAACACGGCGGUUACCUGCUGGAGAAUAUGGAUCUGCCUGGUUUUUCACGCGCAGAACAGAAGUUGCUUGCCAUCAUGGUUCGUGCACACCGGCGAAAAAUGCCAAUAGACCUGUUUCCGGCAGAUGCACCUUCACAAAUCCGUUUAAGUGUCCUGUUGCGCAUUGCCGCGGUUCUGCAUCGGGGCCGCAGCCACACACCUUUACCGCAUGUCGAUGUGCAGGCGAAAAACAAACAGCUCAAGCUGUCGCUGCCGCAGGACUAUCUGGACACCCACCCGCUGACCGCUGAAGACCUUGCCAACGAAGCCAAUUACAUCAAAGCGGCAGGGGUUGAGCUGGUAUUAGUGGACCACUAA